UAUAUUGGUAAGAAGAAGAAUUUGUUCAAAAAAAAAAGAAGAGUAUGGUGAAUUGUGAGGGAGAAUGAGAUAAAAAUGUAACUUAUAUUGUUACAUAAAUAUUUUGUGUAUAUUAUUGAUAUUCAUGAAUGUUUAUAAUAUUAAUAUGACAUAAAUAAGUUAAAAGAUUUAUAUUUAAUUGCUUGUAAAUUUAAUUUAGGAAAUGUUUUAUUAAUUUUUAAAAAGACAUGGAAAUCAUAAAAUUAUGAGUAAUUAUUAGUUCAUUAAUUUUGGAAAAGACAAAGAUUACUUAAAAUAUUUUUAUUUAAUUAUUUCAAUGACAUUAGACUGUAAAUAUUAUGCAAGUUUAAGGGUUAGUCUCUAUUUAUACUUUUCUUUAUGUAGAUUAGAUUAUCUUUAUCUUUGUUUUAAGAAACUCUGGCCCCUUCCUUACAAUUAGAGUGUGGAUGCUCGCAUUUUAAUACUUACAAACUUGUUUGAUUCCUUGGGAAAAAAAUAUUCUUAUUACCUUCUAGUUGAAUUCCACCCAGAAAACUUAAUUAUAACCGAAUUAAUUAAUCUGCAAUACUAUGUCUUAUGAUCUAGAAUCGUAUUUUUCUCAUUCACGUUUAGUAGGGUAAUUGUUUUUUCUUGUUUGUUAACAGACUUUAUGUCCAUAAUUUUUUCACAUGCUCGAAAACAUCUUUUCGAUAUUUUAACUUAAAUAAUAUAUUUUUUUUAUUUCACAAGUGAUUUGAAUUUAUAAUACCUUCAAUGCUAAGAUCUGAUGGAGCAUCUCAGAUUUUUUUUAAAAGGUAAAAUGCAUGAGAUUGAAGAGCAGCGGAAUCUCAUUUGAGAAUUCUUGAAACACUUUUUAGAACGUAUUAGUGCCAUUUGUCAGUAUUUAAUUGAUGUCACAUUAAAAAGGAAAAAAACAUAAUUAUCAAAUAAAAACAUAUUAGUUUAAAAAAAACAUAUUACAAUAAGAAUAUUUUGGACUGAUACUCAAUUUGAGUAUGACACUGAUCAAGUUGCUCUUAAAACACAUUUUAUACUAUUACUAUUUGGUAGGAUUAAGUUUAUGAAUAUAAUUAACGCAUUACAUAUGAAUCAAUACCAAUUUGGCUAAUUAAUAAGACAAUAGAGAAAGGCAGAAAGCUCGUCGUCGUCUUGUUGAAGUAAGCUCAUCAUGUGGCGCACAAAAACAUACUGUCCUGGAUCUCACUAAUAACUGAGCUGAGUCUUGUAUGUGUGUUUUCACGAUUAGUUCAGGAAUUGAAAAAAAAAAGAAUCUGCUUUUGAGUAUAUGGAGAGUUAAUUAAACGUGUUAGAAGGUUCGAUUUUUUUACAAACUUGCACUUAAAUUUGGUUUGGGUCCCGUCAUUUUCUUUCAAUAAUUACUAAGUGGAUUUUUUUAUUUAUUAUAUCAAGAAAGAAUUUGAUAGAGGUGGAAAUAAAAAUGGAGAUGAUGAUGCCACAUAUCAGCUUUAAUUUUUCUUUUACACUAAUUUCUUAUUAUAAUUAUUAUAUAAACAAAUCAAUCGAUUACUAUACCUAUUUUUCUUUAUGAAAACUAUGUCCGACGGUCUAUCUUUUGAAGAAUUUAUGAACUUUUGUUGUUGUUAGUCAGUAUAACUGAUAAUAAAUCUCAUUUUGAAAUUAAAUUAUAAAUUUUCUACUUCCGAAUUUUUAAUGAACUUUUAAUCAAACUAUUAGACCAAUACGAUUUAUCUACACAAAUGAUUUAAUCCAUCUUACCUUUUAAUCAAAUAGUUGCAUUUCAAGCAGUGGCUAGAUAGCUUAUAAUUAUAUGUAUCAGAUGACUAGGGUUAGAGCAUGUACAUUGAUGUAUCAUAAGAGGGUCAUGGGCCUGGGUUCACAGGUUUUUAAUUUGAAAAGAAAAAGGAAAAUGGGUAAUAUUAAGUGAACCGGGCCGCUCUCGUGAACUUGUGUGAGACGAGUUCAACACACGUGGAGGCACCAGAUUGGCUGGACGGAGUCGUGAUGACGACACGGAAAGGAGGUGUUUCGCGUUAUUCUCCUCAUUUCCUCUUCUCUCCCAAAUAGCUAGGGUUUGCGACUCGAGAGGCGAUUCUUGUAGCUAGAGCGAUCGAGAGGUCUUUUGUCCAUAAAAUCGAGGAGGUAGUGUCUCUUGAUCGAUCUCAGGUCUGUUUUCGAGUAGAGUUACGUUGUUAGGGUUUGUUUAUACGGGUUUCAUCGAUUCGAUCUGAAGUUGAAUUGGGGGUUUCUCCUCCAAUAGAGUCUGGAGGAGAGAUCGAUUACGAGGUUUGUAGUUAAUCGAUCUGUUUGUUAGGGUUCCAUCGAGUCUGAGAUUUGAAAUCGAGGGUUUAUUUGUUAGGGUUCCAUCGAGUCUGAGAUUUCUUUGUUAGGGUUCGAUCGAGUCUGAGAUUUGAAAUCGAUUAGAGGGUUUUUUUAAUUUAUGGUUGAAUAGAGUCGAUCUGAAAUCGAAUUGGGGGUUUAUUUGUUUGGGUUCUUUGUUUGGGUUCGUUAAAGAUUGGGUUGUGUUUCCGAGUAGAUUUGAAAUCGAUUAGAGAUUAGUGUUUCUCUUACUUAACUGUUUCUCUUACUUAGUUUAAUCAUAUUGGGUUGUGUUUCAUUGUUUGGGUUCUGUUCUUUGUUUCUCUUACCGGUUCGUUUAAUCAUAUUAUUUGUAGUUAGUAUGUUCUAAUCAUUUCUUCUUUCUGGUGCAGAUGGAUCCCGCAGAAGAAAUAAGUCAUUCAAAGAAACAAAGGGACUACUGCAACAUGUUAUGGUUCGUCCAGGAUUCACAGUACGGGAUUCCAAGAAGGUGUGCUUGCGUUGGGAAAAUCAUUGACGAGGUCCGGGGGAAGGAAGACUACGACAGUCAUCCUGGAAAGCGCUACUUCACGUGCAUCAACUAUGAAGAUGAUGGGUUGCAUUAUAGUCAUCCUUGGGUGGUUGGUGUCCAGGAGGAGAUCAAAAGGCUGAGGAAGCGUCUGGAGGAUGUUGAGGAGGAGAUCAAGAAGGUGUGGAAUCUCAAGUUCCAGAUUCAGACCCUGCAGGUAAGUCUAUUUCCCUGUUAUUUUAGAAGUAGCCUUGUAUGUAAGUCCUUAAUGAGUAACUAACACUGUAUUAUUGUUGUUUCCAUGUCCAUGAACAGGUAAGAAGCCUCACUGUUCAGGUCGGUACCCUGGAGAAGGUGUGCUUUGACUGAAAAUCAGAGGUAAAUGUUUAAAACCCAUCUUAUGCUGUGAUGUAUUAUCUUGUUUGGUUCCUCUGAUUGUAUUAAUUAUCUAAACUAGACCUAGAGCGAAAAGUACAGUCGAAUUAAAGCUGUGUUGGUUGGUAGCUUGCUCUUAAUGUUUGAAGUAGUUGAUUGUAUUAAGUAGUCGAUUUGAUGUGUCAUUACUUCUCUCUGUGAAGUAGUUGCUUGCGCUAUUAGCUUUUAUAUUCAAUGUUUGGCAGGUAGAGUUUAAUUUUUCACUUCUAUCUAAGCUAAAACUAGUUUAAAUAGAGAACCAAAACCCAUUAUCUAAGCUAAAACUAGUUUAAAUAGAGCAGUCUAGCAAUGGAAUGCGAGUAUGCUGAGGCUGUAGCGAACUCUCCUUGGUUAGUGAAACCGGUUUCAAAGAGAAAGUGGUCAACAAAAGAGGACCUUGUGCUCAUCAGUGGUUGGCUGAACACGAGCAAGGACCCUAUUGUCAGUAACGAGCAGAAGGUUACUUCCUUUUGGAAGAGAAUUGAGGCGUAUGUUAAUUGUAGCCCUCUGCUCACUGGCUGCAUUCCUAGAGAAUGGAGUCAGUGUAAGCAGAGGUGGGGAAGGGUGAACGAGCAGGUCUGCAAGUUUGUGGAAAGUUAUAAAGCGGCAAUAAAGCACCAAUCAAGUGGUCAAAAUGAGGAUGAUGUCAUGAAGGCUGCUCAUGAGAUCUUCUUCAAUGAUUAUCAAGCGAAGUUCACCAUGGAACACUGUUGGAGGGAACUGAGACAUGAUCAGAAGUGGAAGUCAGUUUUUAAGUCAAGAGAUGGCGCCAAGGAGAAAAGGAAGGAAGCUGAGGAGGUGAUACCUGAGGACGAGGUUAGACCGCCUGGUGUUAAGGCUUACAAAGCAGCCAAACACAAGAGGCACGGUCAUGAAGCUGCUUUCGAUCAAAUUGAGAGUAUCUUGGCUGAGAGAAAGAAAAUUUCUCAGCAGAAACUCCUAGAUCGUCUCCUUGCCAAAAAAGAAACUGAUCUAUCUCCUAACGAAAUCACCCUCAAAAACAAACUCAUUUCUGAACUCCUUGAUUGAAUUGGUUAACUUGCUUGCUGGAAUCUCUAUUUUUUUCUUUUGUUGAACUCAAUAUGUUUAGUUAUUAACUUUGAGGUUGCCUUUUUCUUUUGCAGGUUGCUAUGUCACGGGUUGCUAUGUCUGUUGCUGGAUCACUGGUUGCUAUGUCUGGAUCACGGGUUGCUAUGUCUGUUGCGGGUUUAAUAAGUCUGUUGUUGCUUUAUUUGUACGGGAUCAGUGUAGUAUUUUGUUAGUUUCUACACUGAUGUUGCUUUAUGAUGAACGGAUGCAGUGGAUUCUUUCUCACACUGCUACUAUGUCCUUUUGUUUCACGGGUUGUACUAUGUUUCGACACUAGUUUAUUUAAGUCACGGGUCAUGUAACAAAGGGUCAUGUAACAAAGAAGCAUAUAUAAAUAUGCUCUUGAUGUAUGUUUCUAAAUCAGAACUCAACUACUUCUCUUUCUGUCUCUGUCUUUGAAUUUCAAAAUUUCAAGAACACAACUUCUGAAACACUUGAUCACCUACUUCUCUUCCUUGAUGUCUUUCUGAAACACUUGAUCAACUACAAACGAAGAGGACAACUACGCUUCUACUGCCUCACCCAACCGAGAACAACACAACCAACGUAAGCUCUUCAUUACAUUAUAAUACUUAGGUUAAACGGGAUCUACAUGAUCAGAAGUGGAACAAUACUAGAUUGUGAAUACAAAUUAUAAUGAUGAUCAAUCAUAUUGAUGGUCCAAUACAUGGCUAAUAUCCAACUUAGGCAAUGUUAAUUUAAAAUUGAUAAAAUUCAUAAAUUAUAUAUUUUUAAUUUGUUAUAUUUUGGACUAGAGAAUAAAAUUUAUAAUUUGUUAUAUUUUGGAGUAGAGAAUAAAAUUGAUAAUUUUUAUUUUUUUGAAAAAAGGAAGAAUGUCAAGCUCCUCAAAUGAUGAAGUAUAUGAAGUUUUGAAGAAAUGGUGGACCAACAAAUCGAUGAUUUCAUCGACUCUGUUCUAACCAAAGAGCCGAAGAGACGAGCAUACAUCGAAAGAGAUAGGGAACAAGGACACAAUCAACUAUGGCAGGAUUACUUCAGUGAAAAUCCUACAUACACACACGACAUGUUUAGGCGGCGUUUUCGAAUGAACAAGUCUUUGUUCCUUCGCAUUGUCGAACGCCUAGGUAAUGAAAUUCCAUACUUUCAGCAACGAAGAAAUGGUCAUGGAAGGAACGGCCUCUCUACACUUCAAAAAUGCAGUUCAGCCAUACGAUCGUUGGCAUACGGUCAAGCGGGAGAUGUCAAUGACGAAUAUCUCCGACUUGUGGCAAGUACUGCAAUUUUAUGUUUGGAGAAUUUUGCGGAAGCGAUAAUACAAUUGUUUGGAGAUGAGUAUCUAAGAAGACCUACAACAGAAGAUCUUCAAAGACUACUUGACGUUGGAGAGGCACGCGGGUUUUCGGGGAUGAUAGGCAGCAUCGAUUGUAUGCAUUGGGAGUGGAAAAACUGCCCUACGGCUUGGAAAUGUCAGUUCACACGUGGUUCAGGAAAGCCGACAAUUGUCUUAGAAGCUGUGGCAUCACAAGAUCUUUGGAUAUGGCACUCAUUUUUUGGAUUACCAGGUACCCUAAACGAUAUCAAUGUUCUUGAUCGGUCACCAGUUUUUGAUGACAUUUUACAAGGUCGAGCACCUAAAGUGAAGUUCAAGGUCAACAACCACACUUAUCGUAUGACAUACUAUCUUACCGACGGAAUUUAUCCUAAUUGGGCAACAUUUAUCCAAUCCAUCCCGCUUCCUCAAGGUCCUAAAGCCCAUAAAUUUGCAGAAAAGCAAGAAUCCGUCAGAAAAGAUGUCGAACGGGCAUUUGGAGUCUUGCAAUCGAGGUUUGCAAUUGUAAAAAACCCUACUCUAAAAUGGGACAAGGAAAAGAUAGGAAAGAUAAUGAGAACGUGUGUCAUAUUGCACAAUAUGAUAGUAGAGGACGAACGACACGGAUACACUCUAGCUGAUACAUCUGAGUUCGAGUCAGGAGAAUCUAGCCGAAGUGCCAAGGUGAAAACGAGAGAAAGUGUGAAUGUCGAUAUGCUUAACAUUCGCAAUCAAAUUCGGGAUCCAGGCGUACAUGAGCGUUUGAAAGCUGAUUUAGUUGAAAAUGUUUGGGAAAAUUUUGGUAAUCGUGAUGAAUAAUCUUUGUAUGUUCAUGAUUUUUCAAUGUAUUGAAUAAAAACUUUUCAUAAAUAAUGUAAAAUAUUUAGUAAGUUUCUUUAAAAAUAAUUUUUUUUAAAUGAAAAAUUAUUUCUUUUUUUUAAAAAAAAAUAUUAUUUUAUUCUUAUGAACCCGGAUUUGAGGUUCAUUGAUGGAGGAGCACAAUUGAGCCGGGUUCAACACUGUUCACGAGCCCACAAUUAAAUACAUAAAAAAUACAUAUGAACCCCAAUAGGGGGUUCAUUGAUGUACAUGCUCUUAGUGUUGGACAAAUAAACCAAAUCUGAAUUAAAUCCGAUCCGAUAAAAAUGAAUCCAAACCGAAUUGAAUCAAACAUAAAUACUGAAUGAGUCUUAUUCUAUGGUAUUUCAGAUUAUGAGUUUUACCCGAACCCAAAUUAAAUGGAUAUCUAAAAACACGAAAAAUUCAAAAUCUCAAAAAUACUCAUAUCUAGCCAAGCUCAAUCACAAAUAAAUAUCCAAAUAUAUAUUUUGGUAUUUGGUUAGUAUUGCUAUUUUUAUGUUUUGACACUUGCAUUUGAAGUUGAGUUAUGAAUAUAUUUGUUUUUGAAAUUUUAAAAACGUUGUCUUAUUUUGAAGUUUAAAUAAUGUUUUAUUACGUUUAUAGAGUUAUUAGUUUUAACUUAUAUAUGUAUUUCUCCUCUUAACAACAAAUUUGAAUCAUGCCACCAAGUUUUUAUUAGUGUAAAUUGUUUAUAUUUGCCCAGUUUGUAAACUAAAAUGUGUAUUUUUAAAUAACAAACAAGUAUUUGCAUAACCGAAAGCCUGAAGUUGAAACAUAUUCAUAUGGGGUUAUGAUGUGUUACUAUAUCUGAACCGAACCUAAGAAAGUCCAAACAACCGAAUUUUGAAAUAGCGGAAUAUGGUCAAAUUUCAAACUCCCAAAAACCGGAACUCGAUUGAACUCAAGAUCGAAUCCGAAUGGAUUAUCCGAAUCCAACCUGCAUAUAUGACCAUAAAUAUUUUCGAAAGAGAAUUACUUCUAUUUAUUAAAAAAAAAGUCUUAUGAAAUAUUAAAAGUUUUAACUUAUUGACCAUUUGUAAAAGGUAGUUAUUAUCACAUUGACCUCAGUAAAACAAUAGGCUGCCGCUGGCGUCAAGGUGAUUGCAUACAAUUAAAUGGAAGGUUUAAUAUGAUUCCAUACUAUAUUUAUCUUUAUAUUAAGAAACUUUGGUCCAUUCUCUAGAGAUGCUUCCAUUUUAAUACUUACAACUUGUUCGAUUCCUUGGAAACAUUUUUUAUUCACCUUCUAGUUGAAUAAUCUUAGGGUUAAUUAUGAAGAUAACACAUUAUUACAUUAUCAAUCAUACCAAUUUCGAUACAAAAAUCUUGUAACACAAUAAUAGAUAAAGCUCGUCAAAAAGACGUUUGUUGAAAGUGAGCUCACCAUGUGGCGCGCCAACACAUACAGAUCCGUCACCCGGUUCUCACUCACUGAAUCUGAGUCUGAUAGAUGUUUUCACAAUUAAUUCAUUGUAAACGUUAGGAAUUGAAAAAAGGAUCUGCUUUCGAGCAUCUUCAGACUUGUUAAACGUGUUAAUAGGGUCAAUUUUUAACAAACUUGCACUGAACUGGUUUGGGUCCCGUUAUCUUCUUUCAAUUAUUACUUGGGAUAGUUUUCAUUUAGGGCCUUUCAUUUAUUAUAUCAAGAAAGAAUUUGAUCGACGUGGAAAUAAAGUGUAGAUGAUGAAGAGUUGAUCUAUCUUUGUCCACAGAUCAGCUUUAUUUUUCUUUCAAAGUAACUUAUUAUCAAAAUUAUUAUAUCUACAAAAUAAUCAACAACUUUAUCUACUUUUUUCAAAAAAAGAAAUAUAUAUUAAAUAUCAUUAUCUUCCCAUAAAGGGAAUCUGACGUCGACAAGAACGCUUCACCAGAUCCUGCGUGAAAUCCUAAUCCCCGGUGGUCGACUUGCGAACCCGGCGACCCUCCAUCGUCCUCAAAAUAGAGUAUGUCGGUCAAGAGUUUGACGAACCAGCCAGGGCUUCAAAGCUUAUGUUGAAGUCUUCCGCACAAGGACUUUUCCGAAUCACGAAGGGGGACAAGAAAGUGCAUCCAGAGACACCAAAAUCUAUUUUAUCUACUUUACUUUAUCUACUUUGCAUUAUGAAGACUUGUGUACUCUGUCUUAUUCGUACUACUAGAUCAAACUGUUCUACGAAAAUUCAUAUUUAACAUUUUCUAUUUUUAUCAUAUUAAACAAAAUUUAUAUGUAAUCUCCUGUUAAUUUUUAUUGAUAAUAAAUCAUUUUCUGGAA